GGAGCCUGUCCGCGUGGGGCAGAUGAAUAAACAGCCGUGCGGGUGGUGAGCGCUGGUGUCAGGACUUGUACGUACUCACAUCUGAGCUGUGCCCUCCAUCACCAACAGCUGUCCACAAGUUGCGACCUAUGACGUCGGAGCAUCGAGCGAUGAAACUGCGCCGCCUAUCUGAGUGGCGGUGGUACCGGUGGUGCCACCUGGCGUUGAUGACCGCCACCUACAUCACCGGCGAGCUGUCCCACUUCCUGCCCGGCAUUGUCAGCCGAAAGAUGGCGCAGGAGAUCCACUACGGCGACAUCGGCUGCGUGGAACGCGAUGGUGUCACUGAAGCCGUAGUCGAGUGCUACACGCUCACUGAUAACUCCAGUUGUACGGAGCGGAGCCAGGGCACGUGCGAGUGGACAUACACGGGCCUGGGGUUCCAGUACCAGCUGCUGGCCGGGCCCGCCUUCAUCGGCGUCUUCACCGUGGCCGGCCUUGUGUUCGGAGCCCUGGCUGACUCCUUCAACAGGCAACGGCUGCUGGCAUUCAGCCUGCUUCUGCUGACCGUGUCUACGCUCAUGAUGGGAUUCUCUACUCAGUACUGGCACCUGGUCGUCCUCAGAAUGUUGACGGCUGCUGGGGAGGCCGGCUUCUCGCCGCUCAGCACCGGCAUGAUCUCGGACCACUUCCCGCCGCAGCUGCGCGGUAUGGCUAUCGCCAUCUUCACCUGGGGCAUCUACUUCGGCUACGGUAUCUCGUACGUGGUCGGAAACUACGUGACGGCUGCUGACAUCAUGGGCAAGGGCUGGCGCUGGGCGUUUUACGUGGCCGCCAUGCCCGGCGUCGUGAUCACCUGCCUGCACCUGCUGGCCCAUGACCCGCGGGCCGGCCCGGCUCGGCGUCAGCUGACGCACCUGGCGGGGGAAGCGGUCGGCGACGGCGUCUACCAGCUGAGGAGUCCGGGGAGCGUCUCCAGCGAGCCGCCUGCUGGCGACGCCGCUGAAGGCCGGCCUGCCACCCCUUCCAGCCGCAGUGGUGGCCGCUGGGUCGGCGGCCGCUGGUGCCAGCUGGCUGCCGACAAGGUCAGGGUGUUCCUGCAGCCCAGCAUUCUGCUGUUGCUGCUCGGCGCCUCGAUGAGGCACACCGCUGGGUUCUGCUGGUCGACCAACACGCAGCUCUACUUCCAGACCUACUACCCCACCGCCGACCUGGGCCUCUGGCUCUCCUGGGUCAGCCUGGUCGGAGGCUCCAUCGGGGUCACCGUAGGUGGUCUGGUCAGCGACCGACUAGUCAAGAGGCUGGGCCUGAAGUCCAGGGUCUGGGUGCUAUCAGCUAGCCAGCUGCUGGCCACCCCCUUCGCCGUCGGCACGCUGUACUUCGCUCCGCAGGGCUGCUUCGUCAGCCUACUCACCGCCUACCUGUUUGCCGAGAUGUGGUUCGGCGUGGUACUGGCGAUCGUGGUGGAGCUGGUGACGCCCGACAUCAAGUCGUCCACGGUGGCCAUCUUCCUCUUCAUCAUCAAUAACGUGGGCGGCAACAUGCCGCUGGCGGUGGACGGACUCAGCCGGGCGAUCGGCUACCGGGAGGCGCUCUACGUGCUCUACCCGGGCAUGUACCUGGCCAGCUCGGUCGUGUUCCUGAUGACGGCGUUGGCUCUACGCCGAGAGGACACACAUCUGUAUAGCAUCCCCGACUGAGGUGGCCGACACUUGUAGUCUGGCAGUCUGGGGUGGCCGACACCUGCAGUCUGACAGUCUGAGAUGGCCGACACCUGCAGUCUGAUUGUCUGAGGUGGCCGACACCUGCAGUCUGAUUGUCUGCGGGGGCCGACACCUGCAGUCUGGCAGACUGAGGAGGCUGACACCUGCAGCCUGCCAGACUCAGAAGGCUGACACCUGCAGCCUGGCAGGCUGAGGAGACUGAUACCUGCCGCCUGGCAGGCCGAGGCGUGGCGCCUUCGGUUCGCAGAGUUUACCGCAAUAUCGCACCUUUUGCGCACGAAUACAAUUAUUUCACACUG